AUGCAACCUGUGAACAAGACAUUAGUGUCACGCUUUGUCUACCAGUCGGUGGUGUUGAUACUCAUCAUUGUACCAUACUUGUAUAUACUUAACUUUGCAAUAUUCCCAUGGAUGCAUACUCCUAGCACGCUUGGCAAGGGACUGUUCCACUCGGUGUGGGGCACAUUGGUCACAAUCAUGAUACUGGUGUCCUACUAUCAAUGUCUAUCGACAAACCCCGGCGAGUUCCGGGACACCCUGUCGCCAGCAUACUACCUCGUUCAUCCAAUCGCCGACAAGGACGAGGAGCAACAGCGCAAUUGUAACAAAUGUCGACAGCUCAAGCCUGAUCGAGCGCAUCACUGCAGCACGUGUAACAAGUGCGUCUUGCGCAUGGAUCAUCAUUGCAUGUGGCUCGACAACUGCAUCGGUCUAUUCAAUCACAAGUACUUCAUCCUAUUCCUCUUCUACGCGUCAAUAUCCAUCAUCUACUUCUUUGGUCUACUCAUCGACCGUUCAAUCGAAGUACUCAGUCCCUCCACGCCCACAAUCAUUGGUCCCAACUCAAUCAAUGCUGCUAUGAACAACAUGGAUGAGCAACAACAACUACAACAACAGAGUGUGAUGAUUCAGUUGGAUGUUGCGACGAUUGUUAUUACAGGACUGUUGGUUAUCAUUAUGGUGCUGACAGAGAUAUCAUUGAUGGCAUUGUUAAGCUCACAGUUAAUAUUACUAUGUCGUAAUAUGACAACGAUAGAGGAUUUGAAGCGUACAUCAUUCGGACACAAUGUCAAUGUCAAUGGAGGCAGUAGUCAUCACAGCAACAGCAACAGUAGUAGUAGUCAUAAGAAAUAUGACAAAGGCAGUAUAUUGAAUAACAUUGCAACAGUAUUUGGUCCACCAUCAUUCACAUGGCUACUUCCAACGCCACCACCCAUACUCAAGCAAUCGAUUGCACAUCAGAAGAAGGGUGACAUCUUCAUUGUAUAG